AUGGAUGCUGGUCUGACGGAUGAAUCAGAAAUCAUGGAUAAAGGUAAUUCGGAUACGUCAGAGAUCAUGGAUAUGGAAAGCAUAGAUAAUGGUGCUGACAAUAGUACUAGUGCUCCAGAUACGACAGAAAUUGUAGAUAACGGUGCUAACUCUUACAUCGUGCAUAGUACUUAUAGGGAUAUGUCCAUUUCAGUUGUCAUAGAUAAUCGUGUUCCAGAAAAGUCACUUAAUUCAGCUAUCACGGAUAAUGGUGCUCCAGAUAAGUCAGAUAUCGUAGAUGGUGCGCACAAUUCGUCAUUGGAUACAAAUUUAUGUAGUGGUACUUGCCUAACGUCCAGUGAUAUAGAUGAGAGUCCUCAGCAACCGAUUUUGAAGUUCUACGACCCAAAAAAAUUUGGAAGUGAAUCUUUUUCUAGAGAUUUCAACCCAGCCUGGUACAAACGAUAUCCAUGGCUGAGCUACGACUUUGAACCUAAGAAAGCGUGCUGCUACCCAUGCCAGAAAUACUUGAAUGCCCACGAUUUCACGUUUGACAAUUGGAAGAAGCCAGAGCAUCUUACUAAACACCACAAGAGUGAGAACCAUCAAACGGCCAUGGCGAAAUGGAUUGAUAGUAGAGCAAAUAAGAAGAGAAAUACUUCAAUACUGAGCAAACUCCAGGAAUCACACAAGCAAGAUGUGAAGGAAAAUCGUGACUACCUGAAAGUUAUCAUUGAAUGUCUCAUGUUUACGGCCCAGCAGAACAUCGCUCAGCGUGGUCACGAUAAACAACGUGAUGGUUUGAGUAAUAGCAGUGAUGUAAAUAGAGGUAAUUUUCUGGAACUAAUUCACUUGCGGUGCAAGGACAUAGCUUGGCUAAAGGAUAAACUCGAUAGCAGCUUCAGAAGCACGCGCAGUGGACAUCUCCCGUGA